AUUGUACUUUAAGUAAACAUGUAUAAUUUAGGAUUUAUUGGUGGUGGUAAUAUGUCCACAGCUAUUGCCCGAGGAAUCAUAACAAACGAUGCUCACCCAGUUUCCAAAAUAUGGGUGUCUGGACCCAAUUUGACGACUUUGAAACAUUGGAGUGAAUGGGGUACUAAUGUUACUGUACAAAAUAGUGACAUAUUCUAUAAUUGUGACAUUAUAUUCCUGGGAAUAAAGCCGGGCUUGUUAUCCACUGCUAUAAAAGAGUGUUUGUCUGAUUCAACAGCGAGUUUAUCUCAAAAAAAUGUGCUAUUUGUUUCAAUGUUAGCUGGAAUCACUAUUGAUCGUUUGCAGCAGGAAUUGAGCACAUUAUCCCAGAAUGUGAGUGUUGUGCGCAUAAUGCCCAACACUCCAAUGAGUGUUGGUGCUGGGGCUUGUUUAUAUACACCUGAUCAAACUGUUAGUUCACAGCAAUGUGAACUACUGGAGAAAUUAUUAAGUAACUGUGGUAUUUGUGAAAAAGUACCAGAAUCACUAAUCAAUCCACUUGGUGCUUUGACAGCAUGUGGACCUGCUUUUAUAUAUGUUGCAAUUGAGGCACUAGCAGAUGGAGCUGUAAAGCAAGGUGUACCAAGACAAAUAGCCAUUCGUUUAGCUGCUCAAAUGGUGGCUGGUAGUGGUAAAAUGGUAGUUGAAUCGGGGAAGCAUCCUGGCCUGCUGAAAGAUGAAGUAUGUUCUCCUGGUGGUUCUACGAUAUGUGGUGUGACUGCUCUAGAAAAUGGAAAAUUGAGGGCCACAUUAAUUAGUGCAAUUGAAGCAGCAACAGUUAGAACAAAAGAAAUUGGAAAGAAUUAACAACGAUAACUAAAUUAGCAACCAAUUUUCUAUAUGUAGCCUUGCUAAGUAGUCAUAAUUUUGUUGUUAUAUAAUAUAUAUGCCUGAAGUAGUUUGUAAUAUUUUUUGUUCAUAAGAAAGUGAUUUCAAUAUAACUUAUUUAAGUAUCUAUAUAUAUUAGUAAUAUAUGUGUGUCAGAAUAAUAUAGGAAAUAAUAUAUUUAUUUACUCCAUGUGGAGGUUAAACCACUAUUUAAAAAUUCUAACUUUGCUAUACAAGUAAAACAUAAUGCUUAAAAGCACUUGAAUAUUUUAUGUUACGCUAAAAAAACUCGUAAUAUAUAUUGGUAAAUAUAUGUAGACAUAUUUACUUUUACGUAUUGUAAAGUCCUGAACUGUUAUAAAAAAGAUGUGGCCAGUAAUUUCAUAAAAUUAAAUAUACUUAGUAUAACUAUAUAACAACAGACAGUAUUACUAAAACUAAAAACAUGACCAUACCUGUGGAUAUUGAAUGAAGGAAAAUUAGUAUUACAACAGUAUUACUGUAAUAAUAAAAUGGAAAUUGUUAAUUUUUUUCUAUGUGAUAAUGCAGUAAGAAUAUAAAAUACACUACAUUUUAUGCCAUAUCUAAGUUACUUGCUAGGCUAACUAUUUGUGAUAUCUAUGAAUCUGUUUUUUUUAUGUUAAUUCAAAGCUAUACUGAACAUUUACUGUAAUUCUUUAUAAAUUUGUAUUUCUAGAAAUGUUAAGAAAAUAUUAAAAAUAUUAUUUAAUUCUGUGUGAUUGGAAUCAAUGAUUUUGAUAUUUUUUUAACAUGAUUCUAGUCAAUUGAUAAGUAUUUAAUAUAAUCUAACUAAAUUUUAAUUGUGAUAAUUGUGAAUCUCUUUUUAUUGCUGUCUCUCUUUUGCAAUGUACAGAUAUUAACCAAACAAGUUGUACCCAUAUUUUACUUUUAUAUAUACUCAAGAAGUGUAUUUGUCGCAUAUUUUAACUUUGGGUCUAAGUAUUUAUUCAAAUGUUAAUAAGAGUAUUUUAGGUAAUAAUAUGAAAAAGUAUUUACAAGUAUAGAUGUUAGUGCUUAACUUUCAAGUAAAUAAAUAUUGUUAAAUUCAUGAGCAAAUAUUAUUAUUUUAUUUAUAUAAAAAUAUAGAACUCCUUAUUUACUUAUAUAUUUUUAUUUGAAAAAAGUAUUAUGAAGAGCAAUGUGUAUUAUAUAAUAUUUGCGCCGUAUAACUUCUACUCACUUAUAAAUAAUAUAUGAAAUACUGAAAAUAUAUGAUUGUUAACUGUUAAUUAAUAACUAGUAAUCAGUUAAGUGAGAAUGAAAGUUAGACGAAGAGAGAAGUUAGAGUAUUGUAUUAAAUCGAGUCCGUUUAUGAUGCUGUAAUGUUUACGUAACGAAAAUUUUACUUUAUAUUGAUAAACCAUAUAUACUAUACAUAUAUCACCAUAAAUAUAUAUGGUAAUCACUAUGUAAACCAAUUACCUAAACAAAAUUGUCACUUUAGCCCGUAACAGAGUGAGCAACUGAAAUUUUAUUUCUGAUUGAUGAAGUGUCACGUGCACUACUUAGUAGUACACAUGAUUCUUUAUGACGGCAUAGGAGCACUAAAUAACUGACAGUUUCAAGAUAAUCAGGAUUUUACUGUUUAGUUUUGGGAUGUUUAUAUGUUGUCGCAGUAAAAAGUUUCUUUGAAUAGC